CAGCGAUGCAUUCUAAAUUUAUGUAAAUAGUAUCGAAACAAAGACUGGUACCAAACAAGAGCAAACAGACUGCCCGACGACCUUCUCACCUUGACCGCUAUCGUCGUUCUCAACGUUCGCUCCCCACUCUCGUGGUCGUCCUGUAGUCUUUUUCCUCUGCCCUCCUUACCCCGAAAAACUACCAAACGCUGGCCUAAAACAUCUUAUAGACAUCCUUGAUGAUGAUAUUCACUUCCUUACUUUUGCUGCUUGCAACGUCUGCCCAUGGCCAGACCGUCUACGACGCAGCUCAUAAUGUCACCGCCAUCACUGGCACCUGGAGCUCUGGCAGCCAGAAUGUCGUCACUGGAUCUGGCUUUGCUACGCCAUCUCAAGAGGCGUUUACAUACCCAAAGACAACAGGAAUGUCAUUUUCUUUCACAAGUGAUGGGUACUACGAGAUCGCACGGUACCGUAUGACUAGCAAUGGUUCCGUACCAACCUGCAUCACAGGCGUCAUGAACUGGUGCCACGGCACAUAUGUUCUCGCCUCCAACGGCUCCAUCGUCAUGACGCCAUUCGGCGACGGCUACCAACAAAUACAAGAUCCCUGUGCCGCCAUCUCCAACUUCAUAGAAAACUACAACGAUACUGAACUUUACAUUCUCUGGAACAUAUACCAAGACCCGGUUAUGGGGUACACCCUCCAGCUGUACCAGUUCGAUGGUACACCGUUACCACCUCAAUACCUCAUCACCACUUCACCCAACAUGCUCCCAACUCAGGCUCUGCGUAACGUCAGUUCAACCGCCGUCACCGCCGCCACCGUCCAAAAUGCAGCGGUCGUCAACGCAAAUGCUGGGGAGCGCAGAUGGGAGGUAGCGAGCGUGACAGGCCUGCUUAUGGUGAUUUCAGGUCUUGGACUAGCGUCUCUGCUAUUGUAGAACGGGACGUGAUGAUUAUACCUGCGCGCCAUCGUCGUAUUUCUUAUACCUAUAACACACUUUUUUGCAUUGGACACUUUGGACAUAUACCUACCUGCAUCAUCGUGGAUCCUUUUGUCGAUGCGAUAUGGAUAUCCUGUGAUCGACUGCAGCAGACGCUCGUUUGAUAUGCGUUCUAGUCCUUUGUUUUAGUAUUACAUCCACCGGCUUGGAUAAUGGAGACGUAUACACGUCACAGGGAGAGCAUGCGGUCAUGGUGGGCG